ACCAGAGUUUUUUUCAAUCAUCCGAACAGGGUUAUGAAAUUGUUCUUGUGGACAUCAGCACCGGGAAUUCAUUUUUGAGGUCAAUUUCCAAUCGAGAUAAAUCUAUUGGAUUAGUAGGAUUAUCUGAUUGCAACCGAAAGAAGUAACGUUGUUUGAUCAUUUGUAUUUCUUUCCUGAUGGUCGGAUUUACAUGGAGGUGGCUUUGGGUCCCCAGGAUUCUGGAUCGUGGUUGCAUCUGGAGAGAAAAAAGGAUCAAUCGACACGUUUUGGAAGUGUCCGUGGGUGAAUAAAAAAGGAGGGAGGGGGGGCAAAACUAGGGUUGCGGAUGCUUAAAGGAAAAAAAAAAAAAAAAAAAAGAGAGAGAGAGAAAAGGAAGCGUCGUGAAUCCUGAAACAAGAAUUACUGGGUGCUCGAGAUUUCAAAAAAGCGUCUAGAAACUGGUAAAUACUUUGACCAUUUCAGCUUGAAUUUGAAUUUGACGGCGAAGUGUUGCAGAAACGGUCUUCUUGAAUCACUGCAAAGGGACCGGGGAAAGAUGAGGGGUCUCCCUCUGUGGAUUUAUCUUGCUGAGGGAUAUAGACCCGCAGCUAACUGGAUUUGAUUUAUAAGAGAGAAAACUACAGUCAAUGCCCACUCUUGCCACAUUGCUAAUAUGGAAAACAGAAUGUUGAAUAGGAUAUGGUCUGAUAAAGAGUAAUGAUUGAAGAUGCUGCUCCAAUACAUGUGAAAUCAAUGGGAGAUACCUGCUGUCUGAAGAUCUUUCAGAACUUUUCUCGACAAGCUCCCCUUUAAGAAAUCGGAGGUAUAUUCUACCAUUAUACAGUAUUUCUCAAGUGGAUAUAAAUACGUUUGCCUCACUGUAACCAGACAACUAGACACCUAAUGUGGGACCAUGGCACUGCCCAGAUGCAUGUGGCAAAAUUAUGUUUGGAGAGCAGUGAUGGCAUGCGUGGUACACAGGGGACUGGGUGCCCCAUUGACUCUCUGUAUGUUGGGAUGUUUGCUUCAGGCUGGUCAUGUGCUAUCACAAAAAUUGGAUGAUGUGGACCCACUGGUGACUACCAACUUUGGAAAGAUAAGAGGGAUUAAGAAGGAACUCAAUAAUGAAAUUUUGGGGCCUGUUAUUCAAUUUCUUGGGGUUCCAUAUGCAGCCCCACCAACAGGGGAACGUCGUUUUCAGCCUCCAGAACCACCAUCUCCCUGGUCAGAUAUCAGAAAUGCCACUCAAUUUGCUCCUGUGUGUCCCCAGAAUAUCAUUGAUGGCAGACUGCCAGAAGUCAUGCUUCCUGUGUGGUUUACUAAUAACUUGGAUGUGGUUUCAUCAUAUGUACAAGACCAGAGUGAAGACUGCCUAUAUCUAAAUAUAUAUGUCCCAACUGAGGAUGAUAUUCGGGACAGUGGGGGUCCCAAACCAGUGAUGGUGUAUAUCCAUGGUGGCUCAUAUAUGGAAGGUACUGGAAAUUUAUAUGAUGGAAGUGUCUUGGCAAGUUAUGGCAAUGUGAUCGUCAUCACAGUCAACUAUCGACUUGGGGUACUCGGUUUCUUGAGUACAGGGGAUCAGGCUGCAAAGGGGAACUAUGGACUCCUUGAUCUCAUACAAGCUUUAAGAUGGACUAGUGAAAACAUUGGAUUCUUUGGUGGUGACCCCUUAAGAAUCACUGUUUUUGGAUCUGGUGCUGGGGGUUCAUGUGUCAAUCUGCUGACUUUAUCCCAUUAUUCUGAAGGUAACCGUUGGAGCAAUUCAACCAAAGGACUUUUUCAACGAGCAAUAGCUCAAAGUGGAACAGCCCUUUCCAGCUGGGCUGUUAGUUUUCAACCUGCAAAAUAUGCUAGAAUGUUGGCCACAAAAGUUGGUUGCAAUGUUUCAGAUACAGUAGAGUUAGUGGAAUGCCUACAGAAGAAGCCUUACAAAGAACUUGUUGACCAAGAUAUUCAACCAGCUCGAUACCACAUAGCCUUUGGACCUGUGAUUGAUGGUGAUGUAAUACCAGAUGACCCUCAGAUAUUGAUGGAGCAAGGAGAGUUUCUCAACUACGAUAUAAUGUUAGGAGUGAACCAAGGGGAAGGGUUAAAAUUUGUUGAAAAUAUAGUAGAUAGCGAUGACGGUAUAUCAGCUAGUGAUUUUGACUUCGCUGUUUCAAAUUUUGUUGAUAAUUUAUACGGAUAUCCUGAAGGCAAAGAUGUUUUGAGAGAAACCAUUAAGUUCAUGUAUACUGACUGGGCUGACCGUCAUAACCCUGAAACCAGAAGAAAGACAUUAUUGGCUUUGUUUACGGACCAUCAGUGGGUGGCACCAGCUGUAGCCACAGCAGAUCUUCACUCAAACUUUGGUUCACCUACGUACUUCUAUGCCUUUUACCAUCAUUGCCAAACAGAUCAGGUUCCAGCUUGGGCUGAUGCAGCCCACGGAGACGAGGUUCCCUAUGUCCUGGGAAUCCCCAUGAUUGGUCCUACAGAGUUAUUUCCUUGCAAUUUCUCCAAAAAUGAUGUGAUGCUGAGUGCAGUUGUAAUGACAUACUGGACAAAUUUUGCUAAAACUGGUGACCCAAAUCAACCAGUCCCUCAAGACACGAAAUUCAUUCAUACCAAACCCAACCGUUUUGAAGAAGUAGCAUGGACCAGAUAUUCCCAGAAAGACCAACUUUAUCUCCAUAUUGGAUUAAAACCAAGAGUUAAAGAACAUUACAGAGCCAAUAAGGUGAACCUCUGGUUGGAGUUGGUACCUCAUCUGCAUAAUCUCAAUGACAUUUCUCAGUAUACCUCUACAACAACUAAAGUGCCAUCAACUGACAUCACUUUCAGACCUACGAGAAAAAAUUCUGUACCUGUCACGUCAGCCUUUCCCACUGCCAAGCAGGAUGAUCCCAAACAACAACCAAGUCCAUUUUCAGUGGAUCAAAGGGACUACUCAACAGAGCUGAGUGUCACUAUUGCAGUUGGAGCAUCACUGCUGUUUCUGAACAUCUUGGCCUUUGCAGCCCUGUACUACAAAAAGGAUAAGAGGAGACAUGAUGUUCAUAGGAGAUGCAGCCCUCAGCGCACUACUACCAAUGAUCUAACCCAUGCACAAGAAGAAGAAAUCAUGUCCCUCCAAAUGAAGCACACUGAUUUGGAUCAUGAAUGUGAGUCCAUCCAUCCACAUGAGGUGGUUCUUCGGACCGCCUGUCCCCCAGAUUACACACUAGCUAUGAGGAGGUCACCUGAUGAUGUUCCCUUAAUGACACCCAACACCAUUACAAUGAUUCCCAACACCAUACCAGGGAUUCAGCCCUUACACACAUUCAACACAUUUACUGGAGGACAGAACAAUACUCUGCCCCAUCCCCAUCCCCACCCCCAUUCACAUUCAACAACCAGGGUAUAGCCAGAUAACAGAAACAAACUAUUUUUUUGGUGGAUUGCAGUAAACGAUUACUGAAGAUUCCUUGGCUUUCAACCUACAAGACUUACUAUUUAAAUAAGGAGGAAUGUUAUGUGAAUAUACAUAUCAAGAACUUUGGGGGUUUUGAAAAAAAUGAAUUGUGUAUAUACAAAUCAACUUUAAAAACAAAUUUCAAUUGCUUGAAGCAAUUGUGCCGAAUGAUACUUUUUCAUUCACAUUCAAGAAUUAAUUUUUUGAAGAUUUAAGUUACAUAAUGGAAUUAGGCAUGUGGAACACCAAACAGGAAAGAACUAUGUCUGAAAUAUAAAAAAUAAAAAUAAAAAAACUAUGAAUAUGCACAAGGGACACACCAAUGGAAUGUCAGAUAAUUUUCACCAGUUUUUAUUUGGAGCCGUUUUAUUGUGUAGACCAUAUUUACAUAUUUGGAUAAGUACACAAAGCGUCAAUGCUGUUAAUGGCCUUAGCAAAGGCUCAUGCUGAAAUUUGCCAGUAAAACAAAGAAGUUUAAAGACUGGCAGGUACAACAUUAUCACAUAAGUGCUGUCAGUAUAAAGUUGUGGGGAUAAAGGAAACUGGAUAUUUUUAGCACGAUGUGCAUGAUAAUUUAUAUGCUUGGUGGCUGUGCUGCUGAUUAAGCCGUAAUUAAAAUUCUUCUGAUCCCAUUGGAGUUUUUAAUAGAAGCUUCCUCCAUCAAUUGGCAGAACCUAAAGAUUUUAAGGGGCAAAAGUAAUUACAAUAAAAUAAUUCACAGUAGUUUCAAUAUAGAAGGAAUUAGUUAUUAAAGGUAUUUGAAGAAACUAUAGGUAUAGUGGUGAAUACUCGCUGAUAUGAAUCCCAGAAAAAAAAUUCCCUGUUCUCAAUGUUCUUUUCAUUCUCAUCUAGAUAAUUUAUAGAACUAUAACCCUAAUUGGACAUGUGGUACAGGAUCUAUAAGUUGCUGUGUUUUUUUUGUUACUCUGUAUUUUGUUCCUUUUGGUAAGGUGAAGUGUGUCCAAAGAGUUACUUGCAACAGUCUUUCAUGAUAUGAGGAUGCCCCAGUAUUAACACUCUGAUUAUAGUUCUGAGUUCAUUGAUUUACUUAUGCUGCAUGACAAAACGUUUACUAAUAACAAUUCAUUAUAAAGUUAUGUCCCUCUUUACAUCACUUAUCUUUCUCACUGAGGUUCAUUCACUGGAAUUUACUCACGCAAUCUCAGUAGAGUGCAACGUAGAUACAGAACCUAGGAGAGUCAACACCUGGAGGAUUUUAGUCUUACACAUACGUGUGAUUUUAAAUGAAUAUUCUCAGACCACAGGAAACUCUUCAUCCCCCUGUUGUUUACCAGUAACAGUAUAUCACAGACCUUUCCAAAUGUUUGUAUAUGUAAUCAGAUGUACAUUUAUAUUUAAAAAAAAAAAUGAGAUGGACUUAAAGAGCACAUCCUGAUAAAUACUUUCUCUCUUACCUGUACUAUAUUUCUAUUAGACUAAAGUUAUGUGAUUUUUUUUUUACAUUUUUUCAGAUGACUAGCAAUUUUGAUAGUUUAUAAGAUAAUGCAAAGAACUUUCUCUGACAAACUAACUGCAGUAACAGAAACCUUUCUUUUCAGUUACUCUUUUUCAAGAAUGAAAGAUUAUUAUACAAAAAAAUUGUAUACUACUUGAUGGAACCAACUUUGUACAUCUUGGCCAUGUCACUGGUCAUUGUGUGAAAUAAAGAUAAUCUGGAUAAUGACUAUUAGUCCAAUGCUAAGAAACAUGAUCUUUGCUCAUUAAAGAGCUAAAAUGUUUAUUGCUGUUUUGUCUUUCUUUUUUCUAAAAAAAAAAAAAAAAAAUAGAAAAGAAAAGAAAAAGAAAAAAAGGAAAAGAAAAACAAAGAAACAUGACUGUCUCAAAGAGUAAUUUUUCUAGAUUAGACCAGUCGGGUUUUUGAAGACACAUAGGUAACUUUCAUAGAAAACACAAACAUGUAUUUAAAGGCAAGUCUCAUCUAAGAUGAAACUCAUAAAACUUUAAUGUUAUGAAUUUAAAAGCUCCAGAAAUUCAUGAA